CCUGUAAGUAGUGUACAUGGAAUCAUUUCCCUGCCUUAAAAGUUGAACAAAGAAGAAAGCUUAAGUGAGAAACUGGUUUGCUGCAACGAAAGACUAAUUUAACUGUGUUCUUUUAUUUUUGCCUACAAUUUGAGAACCGAAAGAAAGUAAGGAGUGCCCACAUUGAAGUGUAACAGAUGGUUAUUCAUGCUACAUACUGUGGAUACCUGAUCUUUUGAGUGACCGGGUUCAUAGCUAAGGAAGUUCGCUGUUUGAAAGAACACCAUUUGUUGCAGUUACACUGGACAUGAGUAUGAUUGUUAGGACAUGCUUGAGCCAAGGGAAACCGAUAUACCGGCUUUGUUUCUCAUCUUUGUUGUCCUUCCCCUGGUUACCUAUUUCAUACUAGGAAAAUGGAGUGAGACUUCCAAAAGAAAGGAGAGGAUAAGUUUGAUUGCUAGCGGAGCAGUUGAGGAAGCUCUGCAAGUCGACCAUAUGGCUGUUGGUGGUAUUAUUCCCAUGGUACAUAUGCCAAAUAGUGGGAUUCAUCAAUGUGCAAGAUGCUUCGGCCCAGCUGGGACCCGUUGCUCACAAUGCAAGUCUGUAUGGUAUUGUUCUGGAAGGUGUCAGAUCGUUCAUUGGAGGAAUGUUCACAAGCUUGAAUGCCAGCAAUUGGGAAAAGACUGCCAUAGACCUUUCCUUAAGUGUGGCUCUGAGGAAGGAUCUCGCGGAAGGGUGUCAUAUGGUGAAACUACAGAACAAUGUACCUUCCAAUACAAAGUGCAGCAGCCUAGCAUUGAUGGCACUUUUUCGAAGGAUUUUGUGUUGCAUCCUCUAACAGCACUGACUCCUGCAACUACUUCAGGCAUGGCACUAAGUGCAUCUGAGAAAUCUAUCAUUAACCAACGAUCGGCAGAGAUUGGCCCGUUUCUUACCGGCCAGAUAGACUCCUUGAAAACAGUAGAUAGCGCUGUAUUGAGCUCCUCUGGAGAAGGCUGUGGCAGUAGUUUCACUCUCCCUAAUUCUUCUCAGCCAUCAGAAGAUCCUUAUCUGAGAGAAGGUAACUUUUCCCUCUCAGAACGUCAUGCUAACAGUCCUCAUGUGUCCAAGGAUGGAGCUGAUAGGGCAUUAGAUGGUGGUAACAAUUUUGGGAUAGUAAACUCAUCAACUGUAGCAAUUAGUGGCACGAAGACUCAUGAGACUCAAACGCAAAUGACAUUGAGACAAGACAAAUACCCAUCUCAGAGAAGGAUCCCCUGCACUGAUGAGACCAAAGGCUUGAAUUGCUCUUCUGAAAGGACUUCAAUGAAAAGGAGUAGCAAAUCAAAAGUAGUUUCACAUUCUAAUUCUAAUGGAAUCGAGCAGCACAAAUAUCAAAAAUCAAGAAUGGCGGUAUCUAAAGAACAACCGUCUUCAGACGCAGAACUGAAAACUCAAACUGCAAAGGAGUCAGGAAUUGCUACUACAAAGGACAACUUCCCUUUACAGGAAAGUAACUGGGUAGCAAACCUGGAUGUGACGAGGAUGAAGGGUAUGAAAAAGUCUGUAAAAGUUGACAAUCAUCAACAAUUACAAGAUAGUACAACAAAGAAAAGAAAAGUUAAGAUGAUUUUCCCCUAUGAAGAAUUUGUGAAGUGCUUUCAGUAUGAAAAUUUCAACGCAACUCCUAGAGGACUUGUAAAUUGCGGGAAUAGCUGUUAUGCGAAUGCUGUAUUGCAGUGUCUAACAUUCACAAAGCCUCUGUUCAUUUACCUUCUUCGUCAAACACAUUCCAGAGCUGGAUGUGCCAAAGAUUGGUGUCUGACGUGUGAGCUAGAGCGACUUGUAAUGAUGCUGAGACAAAAUGGUGGUCCUCUAUCGCCCAUAAAUAUUCUUAUGUAUAUUAGAAGUCUUAAUGCCCAGAUUGGUGAUGGAAGUCAGGAAGAUGCUCAUGAAUUUUUAAGGCUUCUCGUGGCCUCGAUGCAAACAAUAUGUCUCGAGGGUUUUGGUGGAGAAAAUGUUGUUGAUCCCAGGCUGCAGGAUACGACUUUUAUACAACAUACAUUUGGCGGAUGUCUCAGAUCGAAGGUCAAAUGUUUAAGAUGUCACCAUGAAUCCGAGAGGUACGAGAAAAUGAUGGAUCUUACCCUGGAGAUAUUCGGUUGGGUCGAGUCCUUGGAGGAUGCACUAACGCAGUUUACCAGCUCAGAAGAUCUUGAUGGGGACAAUAUGUAUAGGUGUGCAAGGUGUGCUACAUACGUUCACGCUCGGAAGCAACUUCACAUAAAAGAGGCUCCCAAUAUCCUGACUAUAGUAUUGAAGAGAUUUCAGGAAGGAAAUUAUGGCAAGAUAAAUAAGUGCAUCACUUUUCCUGAAAUGCUGGAUAUGAUUCCAUUCAUGACUGGCACGGACGACAUACCUCCGCUUUACAUGCUCUAUGCUGUCGUCGUUCACCUCGACACAUCCAAUGCGUCCUUUUCCGGUCACUACAUCUCGUACGUGAAAGAUCUGCAGGGAAACUGGUACAGGGUUGACGACACAGAGGUUCAACCUGUCGAACUGAGCCAGGUGAUGUCUGAAGGAGCAUACAUUCUGUUCUACAUGAGAUCAUACCCGCGCCCUGCUAGAUGUGGGAAGUCCAGCCGGCAUCAGGCUCCUUGCAACGGGGCAUCGAGAGGCCAGAGGGCGUCGAGGGCAGAAGGGAAUAACCUCGUUGGACGGGAGACGAAUGCGGAGAGCAGUAAGGGGGUGCUCAUAAGAGAGAACAGAAGCAGGCCGUCGAGUCUGAGAAACUAUGCGGAGUUCUCGGAUAGCGACUGGUCGGUGUUCACGAGCUCGGACGACUCAUCGUUCACAACGGAGAGCACCAGGGACUCGGUGGACGUGCCGUUCUCGUCCAUUUUCCAGUCGCUGUACCCGGUGGAUUCACCGUCGAGGAGGACUAUCUCGUGCAGCGUGUUCCCGGGCAGCAAGCCGCGGACGGGGUUUGCUGCCCGUGAAGAGAGGGGAUUCGUAGAGGUCUCGUGUGUAAAUCAAACUUGUGUUGAUUGUACGAGAUAUGAUGAUGAAGAUUCCUAGAGUUUUUUCAGAUUCCUCUGAAUUUGCUAAAAGUAGCUAGUUUGACAGGAUGCCUCAUAUUUUUGGUUUCCAAUAUUGGCAUGAGGCGGAAUAUCAUUAAUUGUUAAUUCUAAGUUUCUAACCAUGGACAUGCAAAAUUAUUUCUUUUUAUGGGAAAAUAUGUAUAUUUCCUCUA